GUUUGCAGCAACGAAACAAUAAAAAACACCUUGAAAUCUUCAAAAUAUGGAUAAAUACGUAAUAUCGGAAGAAGAAGAGAUACUGGAUGCAGAACCUCCGUUUGAUGACUCGCUUAAAGCAGGCAUAAAAGUCAUGGAGCUGAAAAAGAAUACCAAGUUUGGUCAUAUCAUCGACUAUGUAAAUAAGAUGUUCGAGGAUGAGACCGUGCGACGUGUAAUUUUUCGUGGAGUGGGCGAUGCAGCCGAGAAGUGCGUAUCUUGUGUGGAGGUGUAUAAACGAAAGAGACAGGAAGAACUUUAUCAAUGGAACGCUUUGAGCACAGCGAAACGUGUUACUUAUUGGGAUCCGACGGUAGAAGGGAUGAAUAGAUUGAAAGUAACAAUCGAUACUCCCGUAAUCUUUAUCAUGCUCUCAAGAGAUCCGUAUCCAGUAGAGCUGCAGUGCAUGAGCAUGCAACGUACAUCAGAUGGUAUCAAGAAAGUACCAAAACCAUCUGAUGGCCGACCAGCUCGUCGAGGUGGUAGAAAACCGCCUCGUGGGGGAGGCUCAAACAAGUGGGCUAGACCAUCGAAAGAGGCAAAUGAAGCAGAAACCACUGAAAGGCGAGAGAUACUGGAAAAGUUAGAGAAGAAAUCAUAGUAUAUUGUAGUUCUAUUACAUCGCGCUAAUCUUUUGUGUGCUGAGGGAAGAAACGCAGUGGUGCUGCUGUGCGUUUGCGCAGCUUUUGAAUCGUUAAAAAGUUUCUAUACCGUAGGUUCUCAGUAAUUGUGAGGCAUCGGAGCUGCAGCCGUACUGGAUGCAGCUUUUUCGUUUUGUACAAAAUGCUAAAAUUUCGUUAUGGUCAAGACUUGCUGUUUUCAUUAUGAGAUUUUUAUUGCUCGUUACUGCUCAGUGACUCAGUAUCAGAUUGAAUAUAGAGUUUAUAGUUUUCCAUGACUUGAUUUUUGAAAGGAAUUAUUAAUUUGUUGAAGUUUUCUUGUCUCGAUACUGUCGAAUAUGCUUGUGGUUUUAUCAGUGUAGGGGCUCCAUAAUAAAUCUUCGGGUUUUCUUC